AUGUCAAUACAGUUGUAUUUACUCUUGAUUUUGCAACUCUUUUCAUGUUUUUCCAUCAAAACUAAACCGAAAUUAAGUUUCGAUGAAUUUUUUGAUUAUACUACGUUUCCGUUAUUGAAAUUCUCUCCAACUGGUCGACAUUUGCUUAUUCAAACAAAACGUCCAUCAUGGAAUACUAGUUCUUAUGAGCAUACUUUAUGGCUCUAUGAUAUAAAAAAUCAAACAAAAAAAUUAAUUACAACAAAUCUUCAUAAAACAAUCAAACCACAAUGGUCACCAAGUGGUAACUGCAUUGCAUUAUUACCUAAAGUCCAUUUAUCAAUUAAUAGAACCAAUGAUUCCCAAACUAAGCAGCAAUCAGAACAAUAUAUUUAUUUAUAUUCUCUCAUAUCAGAUGAACUAUUGCCUAUUGAAAUUGGAAAAGAUAUGCUUUUAGCUUUUACAUGGUCUAACAAUGAUUCAGCUCUUUAUUUAGCUGUCACUAAUUCAGGGUCAAAAGCUGACGAGAGUGAGUUAUACAAAGAUGAAUGGAAAGAUGUUGUUCAAUAUCGACAAAAUUUAAUGCAUAGAAGUAGUACAAUCUAUCGUCUUGAUCUCAAUUCACACAACCGUCCGUUAUCUGUGAAGAGAAAUAUCAUUCGAAAUGUAUCUUCUUUAAUCAAUGAACUCCUAUAUGUUUCAUUUGAAGAAAAACUCGUCUUCUCAUCUAUGUCUACAAUUAAUGAAAAUUUAGCUGAUUUUGAACUAUAUUCGAUUGAUCUUCAAAAUACAUCGACAUUAUCAAAAUUGACACAUAACGAAGCACUCGAAAUGGGACUACAGUUGUCGAUCGACGGUCGGCAUAUAUUAUUCCGAACACUCAAUCGUACUUCGAAUAUAGGAAAAAAUCAUGCGUCACAAUAUCGUCUUUAUUCUUUAAACUUAAUGAAUGGACAAAUAACACGUUUAGGUGAAAAAUUUCGUGGUAGUAUCAUGGACUACACAACAAAGCCUAAUUCUGGUGUUUAUAUACUUGGACAAUUAGGAACAGAAGUACAAAUUUAUACACAACAAUCACCAAUGGAAGAUUUAAUUCAUCACAAUGGAUGGAAUGGAACAUACGAAUCGAUUAUAUCAUCCCAUUAUAAUGGAACAAUUGCAUUUGUUUAUUCAUCAUUAGAAAAACCAAUGGAAGUUUAUUUGAUUAAUAGUAUUGAUCAAUUGAAAUCAGCACAAGCAAUUACCAAUGAAAAUGAAUUAUUUACUCGAAGAAAUUUACCUCAAACAAAAGUGUACAAGUGGAUAAAUGAAGAUGAUCAUCGAGUGAUUGAAGGCAUACUUCAUUAUCCACCUGACAAGUUUGAAUUUAAAAAUCUACCUCUUUUAGUUCUUAUUCAUGGUGGUCCAUUUUGGGCUAGUCUCAAUGUACUUGAUCCAGUUUGGUAUCAUUGGGCUACUUUGGCAGCUUCAGAAGGUUGGUUAGUGUUAGAACCUAAUUAUAGAGGUUCGACAGGUUAUGGUGAUGAAUUUCUCGAUGAGAUUCGUUAUAGACCUUUAUCUCGACCAGGAAAAGAUAUUCUUUUUGGAAUUGAUCAAUUAAUUAAAGAUGGAAUUGUUGAUCCACAAAGACUUGCAGUUGGUGGUUAUAGUUACGGUGGCUUUUUAACAAAUUGGUUGAUUACACAGAGCAAACGUUUUAAUGCUGCUCUCUCUGGUGCUGGCGUUGCUGAUCAUACUUCAAUGUGGGGUACAAUGGAUCUACCUGUACUGAUCCGUUACUUGUUUGGAGGAUAUCCAUGGGAAGUACCACAUGUUUACCAAAAUGAAGCACCUAUUUAUCAAUUAAAUAAAAUACGUACGCCCACACACAUCAUUACAGGUGAAGAUGAUAUUCGAGUUCCAGCAAGUCAAAGCUAUAUAUUAGAACGAGGACUUCAUUAUCUUGGUAUACCAGUCAAAUUACUUACUUUUCCAAAGGAAGGACACACAUUGAGUAAUAACCCUUGGUAUAGAAAAAUAAAAGCUCGAGAAGAACUUAAAUGGUUACAAAAAUAUGGCAAUCAAUCAAUGAACUACAAUGAACUCUCUAAUAACAGUGAUAAAACGAAAUUAACUUAUUUUUUACAAUUCUAUAUGAUUUUUUUUUCAAUUGUAGUAAUAAAGAAUAAGUAA